AUGCCUCCGCGACCUUCUCUGACUUCCGCAUCUAGUGCCUCUAAGCAUACCAGUAGCAGUGCGUCUUCAACUUUGGAAUCUCCAACUGACGACCCAAAAACCCUGGAGCUUCGCGAGUUCGCUAUCACAGCCUUGGAAUCAUUCGAGAUGCAAGCCAUCCUCUCAUUCACCAAGGACCAGUCGCUCGCUAGGACACGUCAUCAACUACUGAAACGACUUGUUGGUAUACCGUCAGAUGAGAGUCCAACGAGCCCGAGGGAGCAAGGAAGUACGAGCGCCGCAGGCGGCUUCGAAGGCACUGACGAUGAUGGAUAUGGGGAAAAUGGCUUCCGAAGCUCAAGAGGGUCUCGAAGAUGA